AUAAACAAGGGCAUAAAUAUGCUGCCGACUAAAGACAUAAGUAGCUGAUAUAUACUAGAUACAGUAAAGACAAAACCAUGCUAUAAUCCAAAUGGAAAGAUUCUAUUGUAUAGAUUGGUAGAGAAAAGGCAUAAUUAAGCUGCUGUGAUUUGAAAUCCCUUAAUAACUUUGUCUUAUAUAUGAUGAUAGUUCCAUUUACCUUUCUAAGAACACCACUACUAGAAUUUUCCCCAAAAGUCUUCACUUCUUCUUGUACUCUCCAAGAUCAAACAAAUUAACAUAUUUAUUAACUUUAUCAAAAUCUUAAGUAUCUCAUCCCAAUACCCAAAACACACCAUGAUAAUCAAAGAAAAUUACAACUCUACAAGUCUCUUCUUCACUCUAUCAGCCAUCUUAGUUCUAAUUUGGUAUGCACGGAAGUACAUCAAAGCCAAGAACCUCAACCCCUCACCUUUGCCACCAGGCCCACGAGGCUUACCAAUGGUGGGCAACCUUCUGAGCCUCGAACCAGAGCUCCACUCCUACUUCGCCAGCCUCUCACAGACCUACGGUCCAAUCCUAAAGCUCCGCCUAGGUAGCAAACUCAAGAUCAUCGUCACCUCUCCUAGUUUGGCCCGCGAAGUGCUCAAAGAGAAUGAUAUCGUUUUCGCCAACCGGGACGUGCCCAACGUAACCCGAAGCUCGGCCUACGGCGUGACCGACAUUGUGUGGACAUCAUACGGCCCGGAAUGGCGGAUGUUGAGAAAAGUCUGCGUCUUAAAGAUGCUUAGCAACGCCACGUUGGACUCAGUUUACUCUCUUCGCCGCCGGGCUGUCCGGAGAGGCGUGAGUCAGUUGUACAAUCGUGUUGAGUCGCCCGUUGACGUGGGUGAACAUGUUUUCUUUAGCAUACUUAACUUGAUAAUGAACAUGCUUUGGGGUGGCACGGUGGAUGGUGACGAAGGGGCCAGUGUUGGUGCGGAGUUUAGGGAGAUUGUCUCCGGAAUUACUGAGCUUCUGUCCAAACCCAACAUCUCGGACUUCUUUCCGGGACUGGCCUGGUUUGACUUUCAGGGGAUAUCUAAGAGGAAUCUUGAGUUGACCCGAAGUUUUGAUAAGAUUUUUGAUAGGAUGAUUAGUAUAAGGAUGAAUAUUGAGAAAGAUGGUGGGAAUGGAAGAAAUGAUUUCUUGCAGUUUUUGCUGAGAUUGAAAGAUGAAGAAGAUUCCAAGACUCCCUUGACCAUAACCCAUGUCAAAUCUUUGCUCUUGGAUAUGGUAGUUGGGGGGACUGAUACAUCAUCCAAUGCAAUUGAGUUUGCCAUGGCAGAGAUCAUGAACGAACCAGAAAUUAUGAAGAAAGCCCAGAAAGAGUUAGAAGCCGUAGUUGGAAAAGACAACAUAGUAGAGGAAUCCCACCUUUCGAAAUUACCAUAUUUACAAGCUGUGAUGAAAGAAACCCUACGCUUGCACCCAACUUUGCCACUUUUAGUGCCACAUUCCCCAAGUGAAACAUGCGUUGUGGGAGGGUACUCGGUUCCCAAAGGGUGUGGAGUUAUUGUCAAUGUAUGGGCUAUUCAUAGAGACCCUUCUAACUGGGAAAAUCCAUUGAAGUUUGAGCCAGAGAGAUUCUUAAAGGACAGUCCUAAGUGGGACUUCACUGGAAGUGACUUGAAGUAUUUCCCAUUUGGGUCUGGCAGAAGAAAUUGCGCAGGAAUAGCUAUGGCUGAGAGGAUGGUGAUGUAUUCUCUGGCUACCCUUUUGCAUUCUUUUGAUUGGGAAGUCCCUCAUGGUCAAAAGUUGGAUCUUUCGGAGAGAUUUGGUAUUGUCAUGAAGAAGAAGAUACCACUUGUUGCUAUUCCUACUCCAAGAUUAUCUGAUCCAGCCCUUUAUGAGUAGUGCUCUUUAUCUCUCUCAUAUAUAUAUAUGUACAUGUAUAUAUAUAUAUAUAGAUGUAUUUCUUCAAUGUGCAAUAAAUACAGAAGUUGCUUUUUAUGAUCAGUAUUAUGUAUUAUUUUUAUGCACAAAGAUAUGUUGGGAUAUAUAUGUAUGUGUAUAUAUCAUGCCUAUUGCAGCAUUUAUAUACAUGCAUGUAAAUAUUACCUAUACAUUGCAAAGUGCAUUUCACUAAAACAUGCUAGGAGAUUUCAAAGACAGAUGGCUUCAAUGUCAUGUAAAUAUUUGAGUAAAAUACAUAAAACAUUGAGUGUCGUAAUUGUUGUCCUCAAUAAUAUCAUAAUUGUUAAUCACUCA